AUGGCCUCCUCUCCACCUGGCCUCCGGGCUGCCGGCACGGCGGUCCUGGUCCUCGGGGACAUCGACCGCAGUCCGCGCAUGUGCUUGCAUGCGGAAUCCCUGGCCCGGCGGGCCGAGCACCUGGCCGCCCACACUUCGGCCCGGGCACCGGUCUUCCUGAUUGGUUACACGUCCGAUGCGUUGCGGGGAAAGCUCCUCUCGCCCGCUCCUAUCCCUGGCGCUCAGUGUCCGGCUGUCGGCUGCAAGCACGCUCCCUGGGACCUGGCUUGCGCGCGACAGGCAUCCGCCCAGCAGGCCGGCCGAGAGGCACUCCUUCCGGCGGGUCUGGCCAGGCACCAGUGUGUGCGAUUGGUGCCCCUUCAGCGUCCGGGGUCCCGGCUGCUUGGCCAAGGCCCGGCCCAUCCCGUGGCUCUUGCUUGGCGUGCUCUUCGGCGCCUGGCCGGCCAGUGGCUAAUGAUCGUGUGGCUGCUGUGCUUCAGCCUCCAGCACCUAGAGGCCGUGGUGGUUCAAACCCCUCCGGCCAUUCCGACGCUCAUGGCGCUGGCCGCUGCGCGCAUGGUGCUGCGUCUUCGCCGAGUGGCCAGGAGCCUUGCCGGGCUUCCAGACCGGGCGCCCACGCGCAUGCUGGUCGACUGGCACAACUAUGCCUUCACCUUGAUGGGUCGACCGACGGCCGAUGGGUCGUUGACGACGGCGGUGGCCACCACUCGUCGGACGGGCGAAAGUCGCCUCAUAGUAUUGGCGAGGUAUGUUGAGCGGCAGUUUGGCCGCUGGGCCGGGGACCGCCACUUGGCCGUGACGGAAAGCAUGGCCCGGGACCUGGGUGCGGCUCUUGGCCGGCCGGCCGGCCCGAUCCACGUCCUGUAUGAUUGGCCCGGGGUCACAUUCGGUCGGGUUUGGUGGCACAGCCUGCACACAUGCUGCGAAGGGGCCUGCGACCGUGCGGCCGGAGGCCCCCAAGGCGCGUGUCCCAUGCACCGGCAGCGCAUGCUCCGGGCACAUGGGCUCCUGGCCAGCCUGCAGGCCGAACACCUUGGCCGCCAUGCGUGGGCCCGCGAUUGCCCCCCCGAGGCAACCCUCUGGACUGUGCGCACCCCGGCUGGUGUGGUGCAAGAGCGCCAGGGCCGGCCAUUGAUUGCGGUGAGCUCAUCCAGCUGGACACCCGAUGAGGAUAUGGGCCUGCUGCUGCGGUGCCUUGUGCUGCUGGACCAACAGCUGGCCACUCCUCCCGGCGGGGCGGCCAAGCGCCGUCGCUUGGUUCUUUUCAUGACUGGCCGCGGUCCGCUGCAGGGCCCCUUCGUAGAGGCGCUGGCGCGGGUUUCGCUGGUGCAUGUGGCCGUGGUUUGCACGUCCUGGAUGGCCUUUGACCAGUAUGCGACCCUGCUCGGCACGGCGGACUUCGGCCUGAGCAUGCAUGUCAGCUCCUCCGGGCGGGAUUAUCCGAUGAAGCUGGUGGACAUGGCUGGCGCCGCGUUGCCGGCCGUGUCGAUCGGCUUCCCAGCCGUGGCGGAGCGCCUGUUCGACCCGGCGGCGACCGAUGCUGCCGGUGAGUCCGGCCAGGGGCCCGGGCAUAUGGCUGGGCUGGUUGCCUGGCCUCUUGGACUCGGGCCAUUUGCCGACAUGCCGGCGCCAUCGUUCACGGAGCCGGCGCAUGGCGGCCUCCAGGAAAACCCGCUCCAGCGGCUUGCGCAUGCGCGCGAGCAUCUGGCAACCCAGUUGGCCACCUGUGUCGAGUCUUUGAUGGGUACCGAUGACCGACUGAGGCGCUUAUCCGAUGCGGCUCUGGAGCUGCGCUAUGGCCGGGCGGUGGCCGGCGAAAGCAUCCGCCUGCCACGGCUGCUCACCUGGGAAGAGUCCUGGCAGGCGACCGUCUUGCCAUUGUUGGAGGGGUGA